AUGAUGGAAUGUCUUCUCUACCAGGAUUUAAGGUUUUUCGACUCCCCCGAGAAUACUGUCGGCUCCAUGACUGCUAAGCUCGAUUCUCACCCACAGGCUGUACUCGAGCUGAUGGGUAUCAACAUAUCUUUCUCCAUUAUCUCGAUCGUCAGUGUUGUCGCAUGCUGUAUUCUCUCCCUCGCCACGUCCUGGAAGGUUGGAGUUGUCGGCAUCUUUGUUGGCCUCCCCCCUCUCAUCCUGUCCGGCUGGCUGCGACUGAAGCUAGAGAAGCGUUUGAACAAGAUAAUCAACACUUCUUUCAGCCAAAGCGCAUCGCUAGCAUCGGAAGCAGUUCUCGCUAUUCGAACUGUGUCAUUUCUUGCCAUCGAAGAAGAUUUCUUGCAGAGAUAUACCACAGCACUCGAUCCGGCUAUUCGCGGAUGCACACCGCAUCUGUUCCAUGUCAUGAUGUGGUUCGCGCUCACUCAAGCCGUCGAGCAAUUCGUUCUUGCACUGGGCUUCUGGUGGGGAUCAAAGCUGGUCACUGCUGGCGAGAUCAGCUUCUAUCAAUUCAUGGUCUCAUUCAUGGCGAUAUUCUUCUCUGAAACCUCCGCGGGAACGCUACUCAGCUUUUCCGGUAGCUUCACUAAAGGUCACCAAGCGGCGAAUUACUUCUUCUGGCUAUCUGAACUGCAACCAGUCAUAACUGAAACGAACGAUAACAGAAGUAUUGCACCAAUGGAGAGCUGCAUGGCAUGUGAAAUGAAUAAUCUGCAAUUCUCCUAUCCACUUGUGCCAGACAGUCAAGUUUUGAAGGGCGUCUCGAUGACCAUUCGACGUGGUGAAUUCGUGGCAUUUGUAGGCGCAUCAGGAUGCGGCAAGAGUACCAUGAUCGCUCUUCUCGAACGCUUCUACGAUCCGACAAGUGGUAGCAUCAUCGUAGAUUCGCAGCCCCUGCAAACGAUGAGCCCAAGUAGCUAUCGUCUCAACGUUUCGCUCGUUCAACAAGAACCAUCCUUGUUCCCAGGCUCCGUGCGCGAGAACAUCAUGCACGGCGUCGAUACCGCUAACAUCUCCGCUACACAAAUCGAAGCAGCUUGUCGAGCGGCCAAUGUCUGGGAGUUUGUCUCCUCACUUCCCGAGGGCCUUGAAACACUUUGCGGUAUCGGCGGCAGCCAGUUCUCUGGUGGCCAGAGGCAGCACAUCGCCAUUUCCAGAGCUCUGGUCCGCCAGCCGAAAGUCCCUCUUCUAGACGAAGCCACGAGUGCUUUAGACACUGAAUUAGAGCGCCUAGUGCAAGCGGCUCUGAUGGAAGCUGCUUGCGGUGACAGGAUCACAAUUGCCGUCGCCCAUCGUCUAUCGACUGUUGGCGAAGCCCAUCGCAUCUUCGUCUUCUCAGACGGUCGUAUCGUUGAGGCUGGAACUCAUGAGGAGCUGCUCAAGAAGAACGGCAUGUAUUUCAAGAUGUGUCAGACUCAGAGCUUGGAUCGUGGGACAUCUACUUAG